GUUAUUCUUUAUUCAUGGAUAUGAACAUUUCGAAGAUUACUUUGAGAAAGAUUUUGAACAUGACUGGAAAAAAGUUGCUACUUUAUAUAAUAAGCGUAGUAGUAAAAGUUUGCAUAAUAUCUUAUACAAUGAUUUUUCUUUAAUAACUAGAGGAAAUCUUAAUAGUGAAGAUGUAAAUUCUUACGAUAUUUUACAUGUUCGUACUUGGGAUUAUGCGUGUGAACUAAAAAAAUCCUUUUAA